AUGUCUUGCAGCAAUUGUAAAGCGAGUUUAGCUAAUGUUGAAUAUGUUGAAAAAGAUGAGAAAGACUUCUGUCUUAAUUGUUACAAUCAAUUGUUUGGAAAAUAUUGUGCUAAAUGCCAAACGUUAAUCCUCAUUGGUGCUAAAAUUGCGAAACAUGAAGGAAAGUUUUGGCAUAAAGAUUGCUUUCAAUGCUAUUCGUGUCAAACAAAGUUAACGAAGUUUGAAAUUGGUGAUGACAAGCAAGUCUAUUGUCAUACGUGUUAUACCGAAAAGUACGGACCGAAAUGUGUGAUCUGCUGCAAAGCAAUCGUUAAAAGUUUACGUUAUGUUGAAGCCGGAGGCCGGCUGUUUCACGAAGAUUGUUUCAGAUGCGGUUCGAAGCUAUGCGCGAAAAAGCUAGAGAAUGGUUUCAUUCCCAAGGAUAAUCAAUUCUUUUGCCCAGAGUGUUAUCGCGACAUAAUAUCAAAGCACACUUUUCGAGAGACAUUGACUUGUCCUAGUCUUAUCAACAGUGACUUGUUCUAUACGGAGGAACAAAUUAUGAAAUCAAAAGCACAAGAAAUGAAAACUGAAUUAAUGUCAAUAGUGCAACCAGUGAAGAGGACGCUUUUGAUUCCGAAAGUUCCGAAAGAUACUUCUUCUUUGACAGCUACAGAUGAAACUCAAACAGCUUCAUAUUUGUUUCCAAAUUUGAUUAUGAAAGCCGCAGUACAUAACGGUUCCAUUCAAUUACAAAGUGGCGAGCUGAGUAAACAAACAGUCGAUAUCAUUGUCGUAUGCUCGACAUCUGAUACAUUCCUGAAAGAUGUUCUUCAACAAGCAGGUCUAACUGUACAAAAUGACUACGAUCGAUUGUUAUCAUUGACGAACCAACAGGAUUCAAUUGUCGAAACAGAAGCUGGUAACCUAAGCUGCCAAGCAAUUCUGUUCUGUCCAUGGAUUGCGCCAACAGAUCGAGAUCCGGAAAAACUAUCUAAUUCCGUCUCUGAUUAUAUGUCGAAAUGUUUAAAUCAUAUCUUAUACCAUCCGAAAGUCUACCGGACUGCAGCAUUUUCAGCUAUGGGAUAUGACCUAUCUCAAUGUUCAAUGGAUAUCAUCGCAAAGACAAUGAUUAAUACAGCUAAAGCAAAACUUGCUGAGACAUUACUCUAUUUUGAUAUUUCAUUCUUUGUCCCAUCUAACGAAUAUGAUGUCCAUCAGAAAUUUGCCGAAAAGUUAACAUUGAUACAACAACCAUUAGAACCAUUUGGUUAUGUCGAUCGCCUAUUUUCAAAGGUAUCUUUAACACUAACUGCCAAACAGGAAGCAAAUCUUAAGCAAUGCCGAUCGACGGUUGAUACUCACAUUCAGUCAUUGACACAAACAGAGAUGAGAACAAAUGAAGAUCUGCAUGCAUGGACUCAACAAUUAGUCCUUAUUUUCUACAAAUACUGCCUAGAUCGUCAUAUCUGGCCGAUGAUUAGUUUUGAACAAAAAAAAUUAUCAUUAACUGGUAGAAAAGACGCCAUUGGUGAAGCUGAUAAAUAUUUUCUUGAAUUAACCAACCAAGCUCUGAAACAAACCCACUUGCAAGCCAUUUCACGCAGUGUUCUCUGGGAAUAUCAAAUCGACGGCACAACAUGGCAAAAUUAUUCUUACAAAUCCAUCAGUGAAAUUGAGUAUGCAUACAGCUUUCAAAAAUUAUCAUCGCUUGAUAUUAUCAAUGAACAGGAUGAACAGUGUCGCAUUGAUUUUUCGAACAACACGGAAACAUUCAAUGAUCGUAUUCGAUCUAUUCGGCGACAACAUUUAGUUAGUAUCAGUUUGCCAAUGAAUUGGCAAUGUCAAUCGAAUAAUUGUUGUCGAUUUGUUCUCAAUGAAGACACUGAAGAAUACAAAAGUAUCAAACAAUCAUUUGAUCAGACGAUGGUCAAUGUAUAUAAGUCUAUAAAAUCUAUUGAGCGUAUCCAAAACCAACGAUGGUAUAAACAAUAUGCUGCACAUCGUGAUGCUAUGAAUGAACGAUUGAAAGAAAACACGGAAAGACGGUUAUUUCAUGGUUGUAGUGAAACAGCUGCUAAUAGCAUUAUUGAAGAAUGUUUCAAUCGAGCGUUCGCAGGAGUCAAUGGUACUGUUUAUGGUCAUGGUGCUUACUUUGCAGCCAAUGCUAUCUAUAGCAAUUCAUUCACGCGUCCAGAUAGUGCUGGUGUGCGCUGCAUGUUUGUUGCUUCAGUGCUUAUUGGGAAAACUAUUCUGGGUAAUUCGUCAAUGAAAGUACCGCCCCGAGGUUAUGAUUCUACAACAGAUAAUAAUCAAAUCUUUGUUGUAUAUCAUGAUGCACAAGCGUAUGCUGAUUAUCUAAUUAAAUAUCAAUAG